AAUAGAAGCACUACGGUGCCGCACUCUCCCACUCGCAGGAACAGCUUCUAGAGGGCUGACACUUCAGUGCGCUUCUCUCUCCAACUUCCAGCGCUGCUCCAUUUAUGACUUCAGUGAGCUUUUCGUCUCUUUUUAAGAUGAGCAGUCAAAAGUCUUUACACUUUCCUCGAUUAUGCCAACGCGUAGCCGUUUCCUCAUAGAUUUAACAUAGACCAGUAUUUUUUUCUCUACGUAUAUACUGACCAAGACCUAACUCAACCCGCAGCUGGUGAGAAUAUGUGCGAAAGACAAUCGGCGAACGACAUGGGCUGUCAUUGGUCCCCCAAGGAGAAGCAGCGUGGAUUAAACACGAAUUAAUGUGGAAUUUAUCGGAGCUCAAAGGUGGAACGACGACCGGACACAGCGCUUUCUCGUCAGGGACUGACUGAUCAUGGUCGCCGUGGUCCGCUCUCUCAUGGUACUGCUGCUCACUCAGGUGUUGCUGGAAGGUGCUGCUGGACUCAUCCCCGAGGUCGGCCGGAGGAAGUACAGCGAAUCUGGGAAGCAGAGCCCGGAGCGGUCAGAGAGCUUCCUCAACGAGUUUGAGCUUCGGCUUCUUAACAUGUUCGGGUUGGGGCGCAGACCCACCCCCAGCAAACAGGCUGUGGUGCCACAGUACAUGGUGGACCUUUACCACAUGCACUCUGCGAACGGAGACCACAGCACUAAACGACCCAAAACCAUGGGAAAGCACGCAGAGAGGGCCGCCAGCAAGGCCAACACAAUUAGAAGCUUUCACCAUGAAGAAUCAAUGGAGGCCCUGGCCAGCCUGAAAGGCAAAACAACCCAGCAAUUUUACUUCAACCUCACAUCUAUCCCUAAAGAAGAGCUGAUAACCUCUGCAGAGCUCCGCAUUUACAGGGAUCAGGUCAUUAGAGCUGCACCCCCUAAGAACAGCAGCUCUACUGACGGUGCUCUCGCUGGAGGCCUCCAUCGUAUUAACAUUUAUGAGAUCUUCGGAGUUCCAGUAGGCUCUAACAGCACAGAACAUCUGGUCCGUCUGUUGGACACCCGGCUGGUUCAGGACUCUUUGAGCCGCUGGGAGAGUUUUGACGUGAGUCCUGCUGUAUCUCAAUGGACUUCAAGGAAAGGCUCCAAUCAUGGCUUCAUGGUGGAGGUGCUUCACCCAGAGGAGGGGGAGAUGGACACACAGCAUUCCCAGAGAAGAAGCAAGCACGUCAGGGUGAGCCGGUCCCUACACCAGGACCAGGACUCGUGGCCUCAGGCUCGGCCCUUGCUGAUAACUUAUGGUCAUGAUGGCCGUGGGGACUCAGUACUCCAUACACGGGAAAAAAGGCAGGCAGCACUCCGGAAACAACGCAGGAAGCAUCAGCACAAGGCGAGUUGCAAAAGGCAUACCUUGUAUGUAGACUUUAGCGACGUGCAGUGGAACGAGUGGAUAGUGGCACCCCCUGGCUACCAUGCCUAUUAUUGCCACGGGGAAUGCCCCUUUCCAUUACCUGAUCACCUUAAUGCAACUAAUCAUGCCAUUGUGCAGACACUUGUCAAUUCAGUCAACUCAAACAUCCCCAGAGCCUGUUGUGUGCCCACUGAACUCAGCCCCAUUUCAUUGCUUUACCUGGACGAAUACGAGAAGGUGAUUCUGAAAAACUACCAGGACAUGGUGGUGGAGGGCUGUGGUUGCCGAUGAGAAAUGGGUUGUGUGGACAGAAAGUAUGAAUGGGCAAGGGAGAGAGACUGAUUAAACUUUACUAUGGACACCCAGUUUCCCAAUGAAGACAUUUAUUUAUAUGAAAGAAACAAAAAAAUAGAGAUAUUGAGGAAGAAGAAAAAAAACUAUAUAUAUGAAUAUAUUUAUGUCUACAUAAAGUUGGGAAAAAUAAAUGUUUUAAUCAAAGGAAUAUUCCUUUACUGGUUCUGAAAAAGCAUUUCUGUUGUACAUUUUGAAAUGGGUGCAAUACCACAUGAAGUAUAAUGGUCAGAUGUUUAUUUUGUAUUUAUUUCUAUUAUAACCACUUUAUUUGUAAAUAAAUAAUGUGUAUUUAUCAUAAAAAAACAUGCAAUUAGUCCAGUUUUCUAAGAUCAGCACCAGCUGUAUCUGGGAGGGGGACUGGAAGGUGAAGAUUUGUGGCUGAUGUGAAGAUGACUUUAAAUGCUGACUACCAAAAUAUAACACUACACUAAUUGCAACUAAAGCAAUGAAAUGUUUUGGUAAUCGUAAUUGGAAACUAAAAGCAAAGAUCACUAGUGUAACAAGCUGCAAUGUAGUGCAGGGUCACACGACAAUUUUCAUGCCCACAAAUGUAAUAGACUCCCAUGGGAGGAUUAUAAAAACAGCCAAGCAUGUUUUUACACAUUACAUGUCGAUGCAAAGAUUCCUGGGAACAAUCUUCCAAGAGCUAGCUCCCAUGUUUAUUCUUCUCCAAACCAAUAUUAUCAGAGGGAAAAAAGUGUAACUGCAGCGCUUCUGUGGAAGCUCUGACAUGGUUUAUUUACAGUAAGAUCCGACAUUGAAAGAUUGCACACUGUGGUAAACAGGGGACACCAACAAGUCCAUACCAGGAGAGGACUUUACUGGCACUUUAGUUAAUUAGGAUAAACACAUACCUGCUCCUGUCUAUAUGCAGCAUAAGCUCAGACAAAUUACCACAACAAUGUCUGUCUUUCCUCUGAUAGAUUUGAAUCAGGUUUUAAUAAGUUUAAGCUUUUAAGGAAAUAAUAUAUUGUUUCACAGACAGGUUGAAGCACAUAAUGCACUGGAAGAGUAAGAUACUCAUGUUUUAUAUGAAGUAUCUUACAUUAUAAGUCUAAAUCCUAAUACAUUUUAGUGGGGAUCUUUCCCUUACAAUAUUUGAGAUACACAAAAAACAAAUACACAAUCCGAAUGAAAGAGAACUGGUCAGAACUGCUCCAAAUAAAUCAGAGGAGAUCAUCUUGUGUUGCCAUAACAUCACAUCAAUUAAAAAGAGACAAAGGAGAAAUCUAAAAGAGUUUUAUGGAGGAAGAAUGCAUAUAAGAGUGCAUUAGAAAGAAUUUCGAGGCAUCACAGCACAGCUCAAAAUACUUAAAAUAGAAUGGUUUAAUGUGAAAGCACAUUGGGACCAAGGAAUGUUGGUUUUCAAUCUCAGACACAUGCAUAUGCUUGCAUGGAAAACCAAUGUGGUUGUUUUUUUAGUCAUUUAUUCAAGGAUAUUUAUUCAAGGCUUUUUGUCUUCAGAAACAAAUGUGCAUUAAACAAAGAUACAAUUGUUACUUAUGUGGGAAACAAAUGAAAACAUUAAGAAGAAGCCCUAAUGCUUCAUAAAGGAGUUGUAAAGUUGCACAGUCUAUAUCAGCUCAUGUGUCCUCAAAGUCGUCAUGUCUAUUGAACCUUUCCACAUGCUGACACUUUAAAAUCAUAAACCUUAGUGUAUUUUAUUGGGAUUUGAUGUGACAGACUAACACAAAGUAGUGCAUAACUGUGAAGUAAAAGGAAAAUGAUAGAUGGCUUUCAAAUUAUUUUAUGAAUAAAAACCUGAAAAGUG